AUUUUAUGUGUAACUCUAAAUUUUAAAUAAAAAAAUAUCUUUGCCACAAAAAUAUGUUCACGAUAAAAAUAGUGAAAUUAAUGAUGGUUUUUGCUCCCAAAAAAAAAUUGAAAGUAAAGCUUAAGCAGCAAACCAAGAAUUGAAUAAAAUGCCUUUGUUGAUUAUAGUCUGAUUGAUGUCUGCAUGUAACAAUAUUUAAGAGACUCUAUACUUGCCUUGCUAAGAGUCUUGUUAAUAGUUCAUCUGUGAUGUUAGUUUUUGAGCUUUUAAGUAACUAGUUGGCACUCAACGUCAACGGCACUUACUCCUACUUGCAGUAAAUAUUUCCCUAUUACAUUAUUUCUAGUUCUUUAGGGCCCCUGUUAAAAUGAAAAUAAAAACUACACAGUCAAUAGUCACCAACCUAAACUUGAACUACAGCAGCAACAAAAGUGGAGUCUGAGUUUGGUUUCAAUUAUUAUGCAUAUAAUAAUUUAUUAUUCUAAGAACUCAUACAAACUUAUUACUGCAUCAUGAGUUCCAAAAUUCGUCGGAGCUUGAAAGAGCGAAUGCGCCAUUCCCUUUCCUCUGAUAAUGUCCUGUCGAUCAUCAGAUAUAUCAAACGACAAGAAUUCUUGAGGCUCACUUUUCAAACUUUUUCCUUUGAGAUUUGGACAGAGAACAGAAGUUCCAGCAGCAGAGCCAUUCUGUAAAAAGAGGGAAUUGUGAUAUGUGCAUGAUAACCAAAUUUACAUCCUUUUUGGCAAACGCUAUGAAAGCCGAGAUCCAAGGGGCUCGUGAACAACUGACAGAAGCUCCCCUUCAUCAAACGGUUUUGAUGACUGAGAUGGAAAAAAAGUCAGGGACUCCUCAAGAAAUUGCCUAUGAUGAAAUUAAGGACUUCUUUGACUCUGCUCCUCCUCUAAGAGAUGGCAACACCGUCUGCAAAAAAUUGCAUGAAUUUCUUGAGACAAAUUCUUCGUCAACAGAAAAUGGUGGAAGUAAGAGGGUUGUAUGUGUCACAUCCGGCGGUACAACAGUUCCGUUAGAACAACGCUGUGUUCGCUUUAUUGACAAUUUUAGCUCAGGUCAUAGGGGAGCAACAUCCACAGAAUAUUUCCUCAAGGCUGGGUAUUCUGUCAUAUUCCUUUAUCGGAGAGAAAGCUACCAACCGUACUGUACAUCUCUUCCGGAUAAUCCAUUGUUAGAGUGUUUCGAAAUGACCGAUGAAUCAUUUGUUCAAGUGCAUCCAUCCCAUUCUGAUGCAGUGAAAAAGGCUAUCAGUAAUCACCAAGCGGCAGUAAAAGGCGGCCAUUUGCUGAAACUUCCUUUCUGCACCAUUUUCGAGUAUCUUCAGAUUUUACAGUUAAUUGCGACAUCAAUGAAGAAUCUUGGGCCAUAUGCAAUGUAUUAUCUUGCAGCUGCAGUGUCCGACUUCUAUGUUCCCUGGGAGAGUAUGGCAAUGCAUAAAAUCCAAUCUGCAUCGGGUCCUUUAGAUAUGCGACUUGCUCAGGUGCCGAAGAUGCUACCGGUUCUGAGGAAUGAUUGGGCUCCAAUGGCAUUCUUCAUAUCAUUCAAGUUGGAAACAGAUAGGGAUAUUCUCUUAAAGAAGGCUGACAUGGCCCUUAAAAAGUAUAAAAUGCAUGUGGUUGUGGCGAAUGAGCUUCUGACACGUAAAGAGGAGGUCACUGUUGUUACCCCUACUGGAAACAUCUCAGUCCGUCGUGACAAGACCAAAGGGGUCACAGAUGUGGAGGGUCCACUGAUUAAACUGCUUGUAGAGAAGCACUCGGCUCAUAUUGAGGAUUCCAUCAAAUGUUCCUAAGCAAUCAACAACUUUGGAACUGUGAUGAACAAUUGUAUGAAUAUAAGUUAAUGUAGCACCUGUUUUUGUCGAAUAAUCAUUAGUCUAGUUUUUGUUUCAAGUGAUCGACAACAAUAAUCACAAGUAAGCAGGAUACAAAUAUUUAGGGCAGUGUGCUUUUCUUUAGAUGGUUUUAUGAUACUCUAAAUGACAUUGAGUAAUGAUUUGUUGCGGUAAAAUCUUGUGUUUGUUAUGUAAGGUAUUUAGGGUGACAAUCACCAUGACACCAUCAGUGCGCUUUCUUUUAUUUCAGAUUUCAGAUUCUUUUCCA